AUGUUUAUUAUUCCAAUUUGCGACGAGAUCGCCGGACGGUGGGCGGGGGACGAACCGCCGGGGGGAGGGGGUCAGGAAUGGAGGGGAAAGGCCUGGGUGUCCCCUGGACGCGCGGUCAGGUGUUGCAAGGACUCGCGGCGAUUCGGCGAAGGGGAGGGUAAAGGACUGGGUUUGAUCCGGCGGUGUUUUGAUAGUGGCACCCCUUCGUUCCAGCAAGUGGUGUCAGCACAACUCACUGUCACCUCCGCAUAA